UUUGGGGGGACCGUCCUUCUUUUGAAGCUGAGCAGAGAUCGUCUGAUGCGUUUUCAGUGAUGAAAGAUGUUUAAAUCAGCCACAUCCUGUAUCGUCUUUCGAAGGAAUAACGGUCCUUUGCUCGCUCUUGCAGGCUUUCCAGAAUAACUUUCUUCCUAGAUAACGUCUAGGAAUGUUUAGCCCUGUAGUGUUUUUUUGUAGACCUUAAAACGUGGUCAUAUAUGGGUUUGCAUAGUGUCUAUAGCUUGUAAACCAAACCCCUUGAGAGAAAGCGUUAUCUAGCGAACUGACGGCUGUAUACAUAAUUGAGCCUAGAGGAAUGUUUGAAUGCUUUGGAAUGGGAACUACCCUUCCUUUCCUCAUCCCACUCCAGACUUUUCCGGAUCCUGUGCUUGAUUCCUUCGGGUGCGGUUCCUUUUUUUGUUCCACAAUGGACGGAGAAACUUCAUUACUUUUAGCAGUUGAGGAGAUUGAGAAGGUUUUAUGGGAAUUCGACAUGAAGGAUUUCAUACCAGAAUUUGGACGGGCCCAAGAGUCGAUGUCUGAGACCGAUAUAUACGCUUUUCCAGAGAAUACGUCACCUGAUUCAAGAAAUUUGGCACUUGUUUCAGCUUCGGUAUCAACUGACCUAGAAGAAAUGUUAGAAAAAGAGGUGAUUUCUGAUUUAGCUGCUGAAUCUGUCUUAGUUUCGGCUUUAGAAAUCAAUUCAGAUUCAGUCGCUCCAUCUGUAGAAGUGUCCUCAUUAACAUCUGCUCCUGACCCACAUUCAGCCCCAGAUUCAGCUCCGUUUGAGGCGUCAGACACACACACUGCUCUGGGAACUGAAAAAGCACAUGCUGGAGAGUCAUUGACAGGUUCUAUUGUUCAGUCGGCCGGCACGUCUGAUUCAGACGGGACGUACAUGAUCCCAGACCCGGAUUGGGUGACUGGGGGAGAUGCUCUUCUUGCGGAUUUGGAGUCCACAACCUCCCACAUUUCCAAACAAGCUGUUUUUCUGCCAGAAGAGACGCCAUAUUCUUACCCCAAGAGAAAGGACUCGUAUCAGGACGUGUCCUCCCCACCUCCACUAACCUCUCCUCCUGCUCAAACACUGAAUGGAUCUUGGGUAGAAAAGCCAGAAUCAAAGCACUCAUCAACCCAGUCUUUUAGCUCGGCUCCGAAAAGUGCCAGUCCUCGUGUGUCACAAUCCGAAGCAGAGCACGUCUAUAGUUUCCCGAACAAGCAGAAGACUACUGACCCCCCCGCCGCCGUCAUGAGCUCGUCACUGGGCAGUAACCUGUCAGAGCUGGACCGUCUGCUGCUGGAGCUCAACGCCGUACAGCACAGCACACCCUCCUUCCCUACUGAAGAGGCCUACCAACCCAAACCAGCCAGCAACACCCAGCGCUAUGUCCCAGAAAACGGCGUCUCAUCAGUAGUGAAAGCACCUCCUCCCAAGUUAGAGAAACCCAAACGCAGUGCACCCGGACGGGGGAUAGAGGAAGUCAGACCCAGCGUGGAGAGCCUGCUAAAUGAGUUGGAAAGCUCUGUUCCAGCCCCUGCAGCCGCCCCAUCAGGACCAGUGGUUCCUGAGUCGAGGGAAGUUCAGGAAGAGACUCCUGCCCAGCAACAGCCCAGAAUCUCUGCCUCCUCAGCGACACGAGAACUUGAUGAACUCAUGGCUUCACUGUCUGACUUCAAAGUUCAGAGCAAUUCUGGCUCUCUGUCAGUUAAGGAGGACUCGUUAUCCACUAAAGAGUCAGAACUUUCCAAUAUUGUGGUGACUGAGAACCUCACAGUCCCUUCUGUCCCAGUCCCAGAAUCAGAGGUAUCUGACCGCAGCGCUCCUCCCCACUCUUCCCCUAAUUGCUCACCACUUUUACUGGAACUCCACAUUGUUGAGGAAUCUUCAACCGCUGCUCCAGAGUCCAACUCCACGGUGCUCUACACUUCCUCCAAGAACCAUUCGGAGAAACUACUGGUAGUUUCUAACACAAAGAGUACAGCACCUGUGUCUCUUUCAUCACCUGAACCAUCUGCAAAAACUUCAAGCCUUCUGACAUCAAGUUUACAUACACGUGAAGUCAGUUCACCCAAGACUGUCGAUCCAAAAACCUCAAGUUCAGAUUCGGUCACCAAAAGUAGUCCACCUCUAGUACCAAAGUCCUCCUCACCAGCUCGGACUCCAGGGAUAUCUAGACCAGUGGCUAAAAGCCCCAGUCCACCUCAGGUGAUCAAGAGCUCAAAUCGAAUUGUUGAUGUGAAAAUUCCUAGUCCUGUAACAGUUGCUAAAACCUCUAGUCCAGUCGUGGUACGAAAGAGCCCAUGCCCAGUUACAGCUGUUAGAGCAACCAAAAGUCCAGUCCCUGGAGUCCUUGCCAAGAGCCCAAGUCCCCAGCCAGGGAUUACUAGCAAGAGUCCAGUGCCAACUACCAUUACACUCCCCGCUCCUCCAGUUUCAAACCUAACAUUAACUCUGAACCCUUCCAAAGAGAAACCUGAGAGCUUUGAACCGGGCAUGUUGGGAAUAAGCCUUCCUUGCCCCAAGCAUCUUCUGGAGGAAGCCCUGGACAAGCUGUUGACGUCCAGUCUUUCCCAACCAGAGCCGGUGAAGUUAGGUGAAGGAGCUCCUGCCUCAUCAGAGGUGAAUGAUGAUGUUCUGGCACUUCUUCAUCAGUUGACUCCACAGGAUGGCACUAAAGGUGUCACUUGGAUGGACGACUCCCUAAACCCCACAUCGUUACCUGGGGAGGUAGAUGUUUCGCUGGACCUUCCACUUCUCCAGCCAUCGGCAGUUGAAAGGAUCUCCGCUUCUGGACAACUUAAAUCGGUCAUCAGACGCACAAAGGAAACGUCCAACGUCCACCCUAUGUUUCGUGACGGCCACAUGCGACGAAAAAUGGGCCCUCUAAUCAUCAACAAGAGUAACUCGCAGGAUCUACUCAUUGAAGAGCUGCAAGGGAAACUGGGAAUCAGUCGCACUGAGCGGCCACGAAAGCAGCCAGCUGAUUGGCUCACGGAAGGAGUCAUUGUCUGUUCCAACCCACAGCGCUUAAGAGAGGAAGGUGGUGUAUCACCAAGCGUUGAUAAGAUCAUCAUUCCUCCAGACUCACCCAGUCCUCCGAAAAAAGUCCUAACCCAUCCUGUCCCAAAAAAGCAAGAUCCUGUGAAACAGAUGCCCACUCCUCUCCCCCCACCACCUCCACCCCCACCCCCUAGGGAGCCCUCUCCUCCUCCACUUCCUCCUGCUCCUCCAGUUCCAGCUCCACCUCCACCUAAAAUCCCCACCCCUCCCCCAUCUCCUCCUCCUAAACCUGUGACCCCGCCCCCUCCACCCAAGGUUUUAGCAUCUGUUGGCUGCCAAACGGAAUAUGAACCUCUUUUUCCACCGAUCAUGGCUCAGGGCAAGAGUUCCCCCAACAGCGUUCCAAAGCAGGGGAAUAAACUGGAUAACAUGUUGGGCAGCCUGCAGUCAGACCUCAAUCGACUGGGUGUCCAGACUGUCGCCAAAGGUGUUUGUGGAGCCUGCAAGAAACCCAUCGCUGGCCAGGUGGUGACAGCAAUGGGUCGGACAUGGCAUCCGGAGCAUUUCGUGUGUACUCACUGUCAGGAGGAAAUCGGCUCCAAAAACUUCUUUGAGCGAGACGGACAGCCAUACUGUGAAAAGGACUACCACAGCCUCUUCUCUCCACGCUGUUACUACUGCAACGGACCCAUUCUGGACAGAGUGGUGACCGCGUUAGACAGGACUUGGCAUCCGGAGCAUUUCUUUUGUGCCCAGUGCGGGUCAUUCUUUGGGCCUGAGGGUUUCCAUGAGAAGGAGGGAAAGGCGUACUGUAGGAAGGACUACUUCGACAUGUUUGCCCCCAAAUGUGGCGGCUGUACUCGUGCCAUCUUGGAGAACUAUAUUUCGGCCCUUAACGCUCUUUGGCACCCUGAGUGUUUUGUCUGCAGGGAGUGUUUCAUUCCCUUUGUGAACGGCAGCUUCUUCGAGCAUGAAGGGCAGCCGUACUGUGAGGCUCAUUACCACGAGCACCGCGGCUCGCUCUGCUCCGGCUGUCAGAAGCCCAUUACCGGCCGCUGCAUCACCGCCAUGGGCAAGAAGUUUCACCCCGAGCAUUUCGUCUGCGCCUUCUGCCUUAAACAGCUGAACAAGGGCACGUUCAAAGAGCAGAACGACAAACCCUACUGCCAAAACUGCUUCGUCAAGCUCUUCAGCUAGAGUCUGAUAGUGUUGAGAGGAGUGUGUUUGAACAUGCACACCAAUAUCCAAAGUCCCAAGGGUGGAGUUUUCCAGUUGGCCACAGUGUCAUCUUGUGGCGAUAGUGAGCAUUACACCAGCUUGUUCCUGUGCCAAAGCACUGUCAGAGAAGUGUAGAUCUUCAGGGAGGCUAUGACGAUUUUUAACAGCCUUUUUAACAUGCUUUCCCUUGAUCUAGAGACUAAAUUAUGGUUCUUAAAUUUCGUGGAGCUAUUUUAGAUAUUAUCGACUGCAUUGGACAAAUCCAGAUCUAUUUUUGUACUUGUUACACACACACUGAGCUUAACUUGAACAUGCACAUUUCUGUUUGCACAUUUCAGGCAUCUCUUUGCUGCUUUCUGGUAUUACGAAACUUUCUGUUAUUUGAUUUAGCUUCUUUUUUUUUUUUUUUUUCUCCAUCAGCCACAUCAGGUUUUUCAUAAAGAUGCAAUAACAGCUUGGCAUCAUCGAAAUCUCAAUGCCAUAUUCUGUAUAUUUUUCUAAUUUUUGGUACUCUUGAGAGUUUGCUCAGUCCUGAUUUUAUUGUGCAUGUAUUUCUCUGUCUGAUCACUUUAUAAAGUGUGCUCUUUUACCUUUUUUUUUGUUGACGAUUGUUCUAUUUUUAUAUUCAUGUGUGGUCUUAGUUUUUCUGGAUGGCUGGAGUGGUUUGAGCUUCCAUCCUUAUGCCUUUAAGAGAGUUAAACUGUGGAAUCAACUUACUUCUGCUGUUAUAAUAACAUAUUUUAUUCUUAUAAAACGCCGCCUUAAAGAUACCAGUUUGGGCCUAGAUGCCCGUUUCAUUGAGUAUGUGGCGUUCCACAAUGUGCCUAUUGCCACCGGGCAUGUUUUGUGAUUUACUUACGAUGAUUUUUGUCUUAAUUUCUUGUAUGUAAUGAGUUUGUGAUGCACCUUUUGCCUUUAUUUCAAUUCAUCUGAUUUCCUACUGUAUGCUAGUAAAUUAAAGUAUUAAAGUCUUAUGGAUUAUUAGUGAUUGCAAAAAAUGUUCUCGACUUGUGUUUUUCCAUAAUUUAAAGAUUUUCUUUUUCAGGGUGAUGUCAUAUUUUGUUCUACACUGACUGAUGACAUGCACAUUGUAUUUAAACCUUGGGGUCUAAAUGGACUGUACAAGACGUUGAAUAAAUACCAGGAUCUGAAUGACUGAUUUACGAAUUGUUGAUUUAUUUGCCUUGAAAUCUCAUUAAAAGCUCACUAAAUGUUU